AGUCCUUAUAAAUAUGAAAAUAAAAACCAUAACUCUUCAGAGCAGAAGCUUUCACCAUUGCUUCCUCUGGGUAGUUUCAGUAGCUCAAGUCACUCGUUCUUUGUUUUUUUGAAGCUUUAAAUCUAAUGCGCUGAACUGGGUUCGUUCUACAUUCUUUCUUUAUCGGUGCCUCUCUGAGAUUGAUAGAAUAAUUUGGAAGUUGAUAUCUUCCCAUUAGCAUUUUAAGAGGAUGGUUGCUUCAAGAUUGGGCCAAUUGUUAAUUCUUUUAGUUUGUGGACUGAUAAUCCUGAAAACAGAUGGCUAUUAUGUGGAUAUCACCUAUGUUGACAGUGCUGUAGCAAAAGGAGCCGUUUGUUUGGAUGGUAGUGCGCCUGCUUACCAUUUCAGUCCAGGGUUUGGUGCUGGGGUAAACAAUUGGUUGGUACAUAUUGAGGGUGGUGGCUGGUGCAACAAUGCCUCAACUUGUCUUUCCCGCAAGAGUACCCGUUUAGGUUCAUCUACGAAAAUGGACAAGAAAGUUUCAUUUUCAGCAAUGCUGAGCAACAAGCAAAAGUUUAACCCAGAUUUUUUUGAUUGGAAUAAAGUUAAGGUUAGAUACUGUGAUGGGGCAUCAUUUACUGGCGAUGUGGAAGCUGUAAAUCCUGCAACUAAUCUUCACUACAGAGGAGCCAGGGUUUUUCUUGCCAUCAUGGAGGAUCUAAUGGCUAAAGGAAUGAAGAAUGCUAAAAAUGCUGUUCUGUCCGGCUGUUCAGCUGGUGGAUUGACUUCGAUUUUGCAUUGUGAUAAAUUCCGAGGUCUCUUUCCCACAGGCACCAAAGUGAAAUGCUUUGCAGAUGCUGGUUAUUUUAUCAAUGCGAAGGAUGUUUCUGGAGCAAAUCACAUUGAACAGUUUUACAGUGAAGUGGUCGAAACACAUCAAUCGGCUAAGAAUUUGCCAGCAUACUGCACUUCGAAAUUGAAACCAGGAUUGUGUUUCUUCCCACAAUACAUGGCGAGGGAAAUAGCUACACCAAUAUUUCUUGUAAAUGCAGCCUAUGAUUCAUGGCAGAUAAAGAACAUUUUGGCACCGGGUGUUGCUGAUCCCCAUGGAACUUGGCACAGCUGCAAGCUCGAUAUAAACAAGUGUUCAGCUUCUCAGCUGCAAACAAUGCAAGAUUUCAGGAAUCAAUUCUUAAUCGCAAUUUCUGGACUUGUAAAAUCAGCAAAUAAAGGAAUGUUUAUAGACUCUUGCUACGCCCAUUGCCAAACUGGAACGCAGGAGACAUGGUUAGGGGACGACUCUCCGGUUCUCGAUAAGACGUCAAUUGCUAAGGCAGUGGGAGACUGGUUUUAUGACCGGAGUCCUUUCCAAAAGGUUGAUUGCCCUUAUCCUUGCAACCCGACUUGCCACAACCGUGUUUUCGAUCCUAAUUCCGUUCAUCAACUAGAGAUAGAUAUAUAGAUUUGUGUCAAGGUACAACCAAAGUUAUGAUUCCAGAAAUGAUUAUCGAAUGUAAGCUAGAAUAAGAAAAAAAAAUGGUAUGAUUGAUCAAGUGUAUGAAAUAAACAAAGACAAGCAGUACACCUAAACAAAGACAAGCAGUACACCCCAAUCUGUGUGCUGGAUGUCUUCCCUAAUUUUUAUGUAAUGUAUUAAUGUUAUCUCAAUGAAAUACAUUGUUUGUGAUCAA